UUUCAUCCAGCUCAAUACUGCGAUACUAUUAUGUUACUCAUCUAUUCAAGAUCAAUCAACACAUUCAUUGCUUGCAAUACUUUCUACCCAUUCAACCAUUAAUUCAUAUGUUCAUUCCUUUAAUAUGUCGACCUAUGGCGGUGGUACCCUUUCGGACUACUACCCCAUAUGUAUAUAUCAAAAGACUGAACCGAACCUUCGAAGAUCCGAACUCGUGAAGUCAAGAUUAGUUCGCGACUAA